CACCAGAGUCUUUUCUUCCUUUCCUUAUGGCUGAAUCCUCAAUGGAGGACAUGUGCCAGUUCCUGCACUUCAUUGCACUUCUAUUUUCGCUGAGUGCCCUAACCUGUACAUAAGGCCCAUGGUUAUGGCCAAAUACUUAGCCCAGAUAAUAGUGUUGGGUACUAGGGUGAUCGGUCGAGCCUUCGCCAAGGCUCUUCGUCAGGAAAUAGCAGCAAGUCAGGAAGCAGCUAGACGUGCAGGUGGUGGAAAACAAGGUGCUGAUCGUGUGGCAGCAAAUGCACGUACUGGUAUAACGUUGGAUGAAGCAAUGCGUAUCCUGAAUGUUGACAAACUGGACCAGAAGGAUGUUAUCGAGAAGAAUUAUCGAUUUCUAAUGGAAGUUAAUGACAGAUCAAAAAGUGGCUCAUUCUAUCUGCAAUCCAAAGUUGUCAGAGCUAAGGAACGUAUUGACGAAGAGCUUCAGAACAUCACACCUAAACCAGAAUCUAAUUCAGCUGAAACGGAAAGUCAGAAACAACCUUAGCCCUUUCUUUGUACUCUAGUUUAAGUCAAAUGAAUGGUGUUAGAAAUCUGUAUAUACUGAUGAACCUCGUUAAUAAGUAGUCAAUGGCUUCGAGCUAUGAAUCCAUACA